AUGAAUAAUUUUUAAAUCAUCUUAUUUGUGUUUUUAACAGCAAAGACAGCAAUUCAAAUCAUUCAUCCAUAAAAUUAUUAGGUGUUAAUCUUUUAAUGGUAAAACUAAUUCAAUAUAUUUAUAGGUUUGUCUUGAUUUUAAUCCAAUAAAUAUUUGAUUUGUUAGGUGUAUUUAAUUCAAUCUUUUGGAUCUGUUUGAUGGCAUAAUUCAUAUUCACAUUUUUGAAAUUUCAUCAUUUGAAUUAUUGUGUAAGUUAUCUCCAAAGCAUUUAAAUUGAUAAGUUCCUAACAGAAAUCAGAUAUCAAUUAUCAUUUGUUUUAGUUACAACAACAUCAAAGAUAAUCAAAUUGAUUUUCUUUAAGUUAUUACAAUCUAUUGAGAAUUAAUAAUUGAGUGAUGAACGUCAAUCCAAAUUACAAUAACAAUUAUUAGAUGUGAGUUAAUUUAUUGAAAUUGAAACAUAAAAUAGAUGCAAUAAAACUCAAUAUACAUAGAUUAUGGAUUAGACAUUAAAUCUAAAUUACACUGUUAUUGAAAAAAGUGAUGAUUUGCCAUCAUAAUAAAAUAGAGAAAAUUUAGAAAUUCUUAAAGAAUUGGAAUAGAAUGCUUCAACUAAAAAAGAACAAAAAAUAGAACCAAUUAAACCACAGAUUAAUGUUUAACCUAUUGCUUAAUAAGUAUAAGUAAAGAAAUCACCUUAAGAAUAUUUAAAAAGAUCUUUACCAAUUUAAAAUUCUGUAUAAAAAACUAAGUCUCCAGAGUAAAUUAAAUCACUUAGAUCAUCUACUGAUUUGACUGCUUUGAAGAAAACAUUGGAUCUUUUAGAAACUGAUGAGAAAAUCUCAUAAAGAAUUGUAGUUGAAACAUUAUAAGAGGCAGUUGAAGAGAGAAAAACUGCCGCUUGUAUUAAUCCUUCAAAAAAGGAAUUAUUUUAGAAGAUGUAAUAAUGCAAAGAGAAAAUUAUAUUACAAUAAAAAUAGAAUUCUAAUUUUUAUGAAUGA